CCAGCCUUGUGUAACAUUCCUGCCAUAAAAUAGAACGGACCCUGUAUAACAAUGCAGCUGUAAUGACUGUAUUCCAAGCUAGAUUCUUCGGACCACGCGUACGUACCAUACACUGUAUGCGCAUACACACUGCACUGUACUAGGGAUCAGCGGCGCGGGAGGGAUAGCCCAGCAGUGCUGUACAGUGCAGCUAGUUGACACCGCUCACUCAGGCGGUAGUGCUGAAACUUUGCUGAUUUUUAUUAGCAGUUGUCGCACAAUUUGCCGAUUGAAGUCACACAGUUCACAGCUGUAUUUGCCCUUGUGGUUAGGCAGUUGUCAGAACCUAGCUCUUGGAACCAGGAAAAGACACUGGACCGGUGAACUUGCGACAGGUUGAACCGAGGUCAGCGACAAAAAAAGGAACCUAGGUAGCUGAGACAACGUGCCUGCCCUGGCCAGUGGGCUUGUCAUUGUGGAUUAGUGAGUGGACAGGAGUAGGUUUUUAGCCAUCACCCAAAGAGAACUGUGAUUCGUGGAGUGGCUGAGCCUGUUUUUGACAAGCUUUCUCCACAUGCUCUGCUAGCCCCAUUCAUCACCCUGGAAUCCACUUGAGCGGAAGUUAUUGCCAAAUUUCUUUCAAAGGGCAGGGAAUUGGAUUCAGUGGUGCAUUGCAGUCAGCCGGGCACAUUUCCGUUAGUUGAUGGGAUUUUACUGGACUCAAUAAAAAUGCAUCACUGGACAGGAUUAUGUGCUGUGUUCUUGCUAACCAUUGUGUCAGCUGUAGUUGGGCAGCAGGUACCAGCAUCGUCAUGUGAAGAAGGCAGUUGCUACACUGGUAACCUGCUCAUUGGCCGCGAAGACAGACUCUCCACCAGCUCCACAUGUGGCUCCAGAAGGGUGGAACGCUACUGCAUCGUCAGCCAUCUGCAGGAUGUUAAAAAGUGCUUUUACUGCGACUCACGGACCCCCUAUGAGAAAGGCGUGAAUGAACUCAGCCACCAGAUUGAGAACAUUGUCACCACCUUCCAGGGCGAGGAUCGUAAGAAGAUGUGGUGGCAGUCCGAGAAUGGCGUGCAGGGAGUUUCACUUCGCUUUGACCUGGAGGCCAUCUUCCACUUCACCCAUCUGAUUAUGACCUUCAAGACCUUCAGGCCCAGGGCUCUUGUCAUUGAGAGGUCCGCUGACUUUGGUCGGACUUGGAGCGUUUAUCGGUACUUUGCCUAUGACUGUGAGGAGUCUUUUCCUGGUAUCUCUACAGCUCCGUUAUAUAACAUUAAUGAUGUCAUUUGUGAGAACCGGUACUCAGCUGUGGAACCAUCCACUGAAGGAGAGGUUAUCUUCCGUGUCCUGCCACCCAACAUCCGCAUUGACAAUCCAUACAGUGAUGAUGUACAGGACAUGAUCAAGAUCACUAAUCUGCGGAUCAACUUCACCGAGCUCCACACCCUAGGUGACAUCGAGCUGGACAACCGGGAAGAGAUCCGAGAGAAGUACUACUAUGCUAUCUAUGACAUGGUGGUCAGGGGAAGCUGUCACUGCUACGGGCACGCUACCAGCUGCGUCCCAGCAGAGGGAGUAACCUUCAAGGAAGGAAUGGUCCAAGGGAAAUGUCUCUGCGGUCACAACACAGAGGGGAACAACUGUGAGAGAUGCCAAGAAUUCUACAAUGACCAGCCCUGGCGGCCAGCUACGCAUGCACAACCCAAUGAGUGUAAACGCUGCAAUUGUAACAGCCACACCAAUCGUUGCCAUUUUGACGCUGCCGUCUUUGAGAUCACCAACGGUGCCAGCGGUGGGGUCUGUGAUGAUUGCCAGCACAACACCAUGGGGAGGAACUGUGAGCAGUGCAAGCCAUUCUUCUACAUGAACCCUGACAGGGACAUACGGGAUCCUAACAUCUGUGUCCCAUGUGACUGUGACCCAGCUGGUUCAGAGAAUGGUGGUGAGUGUGAGAGUCACACAGACCCUGCUAACAACCUGAUAGCUGGUCGCUGUAUCUGUAAGCGCUAUACCACGGGAGUACGCUGUGAUACCUGCCAAAAUGGAUACUGGAGCCUCAGAGCUGAGAACCCCGAUGGAUGUCAAGCGUGUACUUGCAACACCCUGGGCACAGAAGGUAAUAGAGGCUGUGACAAACAGACAGGCAACUGCAUCUGUAAGCGAUACGUCACUGGAAGAAACUGUGAUCGGUGUUAUGAUGGUUACUAUGGACUGAGUGAGGAGGUCUAUGGUUGCAAGUACUGUUACUGUGAUCCUGGCGGUUCCUAUAACAGUAGCUGUAACCGUGAGACUGGGCAGUGCUAUUGCCGACCUCAUAUCACCGGCAGGCAGUGCAACCAGGUGGAGUCUGGCUACUUCUAUACCUUCAUGGAUUACUUCAUGUAUGAAGCGGAGCUGUCCAGAGUCCUGACGAUUGAUUCUGUGCAACUUGAAACUCGAAUCCGUGAUGAGAACUCCUACAUCAGUUGGACUGGUUCUGGAUUCCUGCGCAUCAGUGAAGGCGGCCAAAUCCAAAUUGUGGUUGACAACAUCCCUGUGUCUGGUGAUUAUGAGAUUGUACUACGCUAUGAACCAUUGGUUGCAGGGACUUGGGAAGAUGUUCGUAUCAGUUUGACGCGUCCAGGCGAGAUUCCUACACAGAGUAUUUGUGGUAACACUAUCCCCCAGGAUGACUUGCUGGCCACCAGUUUACCAUCAGGCAAUAGAUAUCGCCUUCUGGCCUCCACCUUCUGUCUUGAGAAAGGCAAGAUGUACCUGAUUGAUGUGGAUUUCAACAGCUUUGGAGGCGGAGUAUCCAACCCCAAUGCCCAGAUUCUGCUAGAUUCGGUGGUACUCAUCCCGCGAAACACCAACUUUGACAUGUUCAGCGGCAGUGAUAACAUCAAGGAGAACCGGCGUGAGCAGUGGGAGUAUUAUCGCUGUGGUGAGGCCCACCUAUCAGCCAUUCAUGCUCCUCUCUCUGAUAUCUGCAGAGAACUCAUGUUCAGUAUGUCAGCGUUGAUGUUUGACGGUGCCAUGGCUUGUGACUGUGAUCCCAUUGGCUCUAAGAGCUCAAUCUGUGAUGAGUUUGGUGGUCAGUGUGAAUGCAAGGCCAAUGUCAUAGGUCGUCGCUGUGACCAAUGCGCUCCAGGGACCUACGGCUUUGGACCCAAUGGAUGCUCAGCCUGUGAAUGUGAUGGGCGUGGCUCACUCGACAACUUCUGUGAUCCCUUCAAUGGCCAGUGUGCCUGCAUACCUAACACUUACGGCCGAGCCUGUGAUCAGUGUGCUCCUGGCUUCUGGAAUUUCCCCAACUGCCUACGCUGUGAGUGUAACGGCCACGCCCCUACCUGCAACAGUCGUACAGGAUCAUGUGAAGAUUGCCAGGAUUCCACUGUCGGCCAUUACUGCGAAAGGUGUGAAGAUGGUUAUUACGGUGAUCCUACCCUGACCUCCAAUCUGCCUUGUCAGCCCUGUAUGUGCCCUGGAGGUGAAGGCAGUGGUCAUCAGUUUGCUGAUACCUGCUACAUUGAUCAGACCAUUCAGACUGUGGUCUGUAUCUGUGAGGAAGGAUACACAGGCAUACGUUGUGACCAGUGUGACAACAACUACUAUGGUUACCCGUCAGUACCUGGGGGUAGUUGUAACUUGUGUAAUUGCAAUGGCAACACCAACCCACUCACACCGGGCAACUGUGAUGCAACUACAGGCCAGUGCUUGCGUUGUCUGUAUGAUACGGCUGGAUUCAAUUGUGAUGAAUGCGCACCAAAUUACUAUGGCGAUGCCUUACUGCGAACCUGCAGACCUUGUGACUGUAAUUUCCUUGGUACUGAUCUGAGUAUCUGUGAUCUGAACAACAACUGUGGCGUGUGUGACCGUGUGACUGGCAAGUGCCCAUGCCUGCCUAACGUUGUUGGACAGACCUGUGACCAGUGUGCCCCAGACCAUUGGAAGCUAGCUAGUGGUGCAGGGUGUGAGGCCUGUGAUUGCUGUCAAUAUGGCUCCCUUUCUACACAGUGUAAUGAGUUCACCGGCCAGUGCACAUGCCAACCUGGCUUUGGUGGCCGUACCUGCUGUGAAUGUGAAAGUCUCUUCUUUGGUGAUCCGUUGGUUGGAUGUGAACGAUGUCAGUGUGACGCUCAAGGGUCAGAAAGCCUCCAGUGUAACGGUGAUGGAUCCUGUGUGUGUCGGCCAGGGGUGACUGGCAAGUACUGUGAUAGAUGCGCUCAUGGUACCACAGGCGAGGUGCCUAACUGUGAACCCUGUGGAGAAUGCUUUGAUGACUGGGAUGAAAUUAUCAAUGCUCUCAGAGUGCAAACUGAGGAACUGCUGGAGCGAGCUCGUAAUAUCAAAUCAACAGGAGCCACAGCUGCCUAUGAUGAUGAGUUCAAUCGUCUGGAGGGUAAACUACAGCAGGUGGAGUCACUGCUGACUGACCCUAGCGUGUCUGAAGAUGACGUGGACGCGCUGCAUAAUGACCUGGAUCAAGUCAGGGCCGAUCUGGAUGACCUUGCACGGAAGCUGGACACUGUGAACAAAGAUCUCGGACAAACAGGAGUCGAAAACUUCCGAGCUAACCGUGAGCUAGAUGCCUUGGAAGCUGAGGUGUUAGAUCUGAAACUAGAUGCUGAAGAUCUCAAGGAUGAGAUUGUCAUCAUAGAAUCCUCCAACGUGGAAGGGGCCUUCAAGAGUAUCUUAGAAAGCCGCAAUAAGUCCCAAGCUGCCCAGGCAAAAGUCAACGCAGCUGACGGAGUGGUCUCUGAAUCCAGCGUCAUCAGGGAUGAGGUGGAGAGAAUCAUGCAAGAGAGGGAGAGAGAACUGGCCCAGAAACAACAGGAAUAUCAAGACAGGCUGCGAGGAGUUGAUAAUCAACUGACUGGAUUGGAGGCUAGGCUGGGAGAACUGAAUGAACAGGUGUGUGGUGGACGUGGUGACACCUGCAGUGGGGGAUGCGGUGGGGCUGGUUGCGACUUCUGUGGAGGUCUGGGCUGUGAGGGCUCUAUCUCAAUGUCUGAGGUGGCCUUGGACCGAGCGACUCAGGCUAACGACAAAUUCCAGAAGAAGAAAGAGCAGGCAGAUGGCACUCUAGCAGAGAUGGGCGGUGUGCAGCAGGAGGCCAUGGAAGCCUUAGACCUAGCCAAGAUGGCCUACGAUGCAGCGGCUAUGGCUAGAGAUGAUGCCCAAGGUGCACAAACCAACCUGACUGGCUUACUGCAAGCCAUCAAUGAUUUCAUCGAUAAGAAGCGAGUGACUCCGGCUGAGAUCCAGCAAGUGGCCAGGAUGGCUCUGGAUACACAGAUCUCAUCCACUCCCGAGGAAAUACAGGAUCUUGCCAAGCAGAUUGAGGACACAGUAGCCACCCUUGAGAACAUUGACCAGAUCCUGAAUGACACAGCGGAGGAUCUGGACAUGGUGAGACGCCUCAAGGAGAGAGCAGAUAAGGCCAGGGAGGUUGCGGAUGACGUCUUGGCAUCGGCUGAGAGUGUAGUGGCUGCACUAGACGAGGCUGCCCAAGCUCAGGACACAGCCAGCGAGGCUAUCGAUCAAGCCACAGGCAACAUCAAUGAUGCCAAUGACAACAUUUUACAGAUUGAGUCGGAGGCUACUGCUGCCAUUGAUAAGGCUGAUGUGCUGGAAGAGAAACUGACCCAGAUGGAGGAACAACUGAGGAGAGUCCAAGGCAAAUUCACAGAUAAUGAAGAGAAAAUCAGGGAAGCCUCCGAGUUUGCUAAUAAUGCUGAUGCUGAUGCUGAUCAAGCUGUGCAGAGUGUUGGUGAGCUGGAAACCAAAUUCAACCAGACAUCGGACCAAGUCAUGACCAAAUCCAAGGAGGCCAGCGAUGCUAAGGCUAAAGCAGAGAUGCUGAAGGAUGAGGCCGUAGAAUUCCAGGAGAGAGUCAGUAGUCAGCUGGAGGAUCUCAACAGGAUGCAAGGUGUCUUUGAGCUGAACCAGAACACGAUGGUGGAUCUAUCAGCAGAGAUUGAGGCCCUUAACAUGAGGAUGAUGGGCUUACUACAACAUAUCCAAGAACGCUCGGAAUAUUACCGAACAUGCAAGGGAACCUAGUCAAGGCAAACUGCCUUUCAUGGUCUCGGUUCAGAUUCUUCCCACCACUUGGUUUGCUUCUUUCACAUAAACACAAUUGAACAUUAAACAUCUGGUACUUGUUCCAGACACAAACAAACAAACAGCGAGAACAGUUACAGAGAGAGCUUUUUUUGUCACUGAGGCAAUGAUAAAACCCCAUUGUAACCCUCUUGCUAGUAGGCAGGGCUGGUGGGCAGAUCGUCACUUUGGCCCUUUUUGAAUUCAAAACUUUCAAUUUAUCACCUUUACAUUAGCGCUCUUUUGAGUCAAAGAAUCUGAAACGAAGAAUAGUCAUAAAUUUAAUGAACUGUUGCUUUUUAAUGUCUUCCAUUGGGAGUCUUCCAUUAAAAAUUGCUUGUUCACCUCAGUAACAAACCGCAUGCGAAUUGGGUUUCAGCCGCGGUUCGUAAGAGAGGACAUUUCAGGAAAGAAACUCUGCACUAACUCUUUCAUUGCAGUACUGUUUGAAGGAAACUUGGCCAUCUUCUUUAAGAGAGUGCACAAAGUCAUGCACAAAAAAAGUAACUUACCCUGCUUUUUAUUUAUCUGCAUGUUGAUCGUGUUAGAUCUAAUUCAUCAGAUAUCUCAUUGCACAACCUUGCUAGUAACACUGCCAUCUAGUGAUCAUUGUACUCUAUAUCUGCUGAACUACGCCGUUGUAUAUAAACAACUACCCAACAGUUCUAGCUCUGGCUGUUAAUCACUCUUAAAGUGGUGUGAGUGGAUAGUUUUCUAUUUUCUGUACUCAUUUUUAUUGUAUUUAUGUAACCCGUUAGUUGUUUGAUAUUGUUACUAUCGUGUAAAGACAACUGAAGCUGCCUUUGUUUUGUUUUUUUAACUAUUGAUAUUAUUACAAUUACAAUCCGUGACGUGCAUGCAGUAUGCCUGUUGUUUAUUAUCCCUUGGCUUUGUCUUCAUGACGUUCAGAUUUGGCCUUUGUGAAGAAAAUAUUCUUGGAGAUCUGCUUGCAUUUGAGAAAUACAACCAUUGCGAUAGGUUCAUUCAUGUAUGCCUCAAUAUGCCACUUAUGAUUCCUCGAAAUUGUAUCUGUUGGCAUUGGCACUACAAAGACACACACAGGAUAGACCAAUAACUUGGAUUGGCAGUCAGGAAAGAUUUUUUUUUUUUUUUUUUACAUAUUCCAUGUAUUCUGGUGCAAAUGUUUGGACAAAAAAAAAUCCUGUGAAUGUCACAGAGCAAAAACCAGACACCACAGAUAGUAAUACAUGUGUGUGUUGACAUAGACCAGGUCAUAGAAGACAGGUAUACUGCUGUAGGUAGCAAGAUCAAUCAUGUUAGUCUUGUUUAAUAGGCUGAAACCAAUGGGCAGUAUUUAUAGUAGUUGUUAUGCAGUAUUUUUAUAGUGAGGUGUAGAUUACUAUUUUGUAUGUAUGUGGGGAAUUUUUUUUAACAAAGUUGUAAUUAAACAUUAAUUGUUUUUUUAAUGGACUUGCAUGAGCAGUAUAAAUAUUCUGAA